AUGGCAGAUGAUGAUGUUGCUCCAGAUUCUACCUCCAAUGGCUCGUCGUGUGACGCCACCAUCACUCAUUCUCCGAGUACUGCCCCAUUCGUAGUUUCACCAAUGCCCAAACGAUCUUGGGGCGAUGAAGAAGACGAUGAUGUGGUUGCUGAUACUGGAGGUUCAUCCUCUGUGCCUUCCGAGGUGACAACUGGUGAUACUCCAUAUUCAUCAGCUAGUACUUUUGAGGACUUGAAUCUGUCUAAGGAGUUGUUGAAGGGUUUGUAUGUUGAGAUGAGAUUCCAUAAGCCAAGUAAGAUUCAAGCUAUAAGUUUACCUAUGAUCCUGACUCCUCCUUACAAACAUUUAAUUGCUCAAGCACACAAUGGUUCUGGAAAGACUACAUGUUUUGUGCUUGGGAUGUUGAGUCGUGUUGAUGUGAACUUGAAGGCUCCUCAGGCAUUUUGCAUAUGUCCUACAAGGGAGUUAGCCAUGCAAAAUAUUGAGGUUCUUAAGAAAAUGGGAAAAUACACUGGGAUAACUUCAGAGUGUGCUGUUCCCGCUGACAGUGCAAACUAUAUGCCGGUAUCAAAGCGGCCACCCAUAACUGCGCAAGUUGUGAUUGGAACUCCUGGCACAAUAAAGAAAUGGAUGUCAGGGAGGAAGUUGGGAGUAAGCUGCGUGAAGAUUCUUGUUUUUGAUGAGGCCGAUCAUAUGCUUGGCGAGGAUGGCAUUCAGGAUGAUUCAUUGAGAAUCAUGAGGGACAUUGAGAGAAGUAGCUCUCAUUGCCAGGUGCUUCUGUUCUCUGCUACAUUCGAUGAGAAUGUUAAAAACUUUGUCUCUAGGGUUGUUAAAGAUUACAACCAACUGUUUGUGAAGAAGGAAGAACUAUCUUUGGAGAGUGUGAAGCAAUUCAAGUUGAUAUGUCCAAAUGAACAAACUAAAAUCCGAGUCAUAAAAGAUAGAAUUUUUGAACUUGCAGACAAAUUGGGUCAAACAAUUAUAUUUGUGGCCACAAGAAACAGUGCUGGAGUGUUACAUAAUGCACUAGUUGAUCUUGGUUAUGAUGUGACUACCAUCCAAGGGGCAAUGACGAAUGACAUUAGAGACAAAAUAAUAAAAGAGUUCAAAGACGGUUUGACUAAAGUUCUUAUUUCGACUGACCUUCUAGCUCGAGGCUUUGAUCAGCAGCAAGUUAAUCUAGUUAUCAAUUAUGAUCUUCCUCUUAAACAUGAUCCUUCUUCACAAGCGAUGAAAUAUAGAUCUUCCUCAUCGUCAGAGCCUAACUUCGAGGUGUAUCUUCAUCGAAUUGGUCGGGCAGGUCGUUUUGGGCGCAAGGGAGCUGUGUUUAACUUGCUCUGUGGCGAUCAGGAAAUCAAGCGAAUGGACAAAAUUCAGAAGCAUUUUGGCUCUGAAGUAAUAGAGGUUCGAGACAGUGAUGAGGACAUUCAAGCGGCCUUAAAAUCUGCUGGAUUGAUUUAAUGAAUAGAAACGAGUUUACAUAGCUGAUUUCCAUUGAUGCCAACCACACACCAAAAAGGCCAUAAAACUUGGAACAAGAUGGAUAUGCAGAAAUGGAUUGAAGCAACGCUGCACAGUUUUUGUUUUGCCUUUAACUUAAAACGAAAUUACAUUUGGUUCUGAGGUAUAUGUCGCGAAGAGUCAUGCAAAGUUUGCUGAAAUUUUUUAAUUGAUGAAACCUGUUGGAAAGAAUAGCCUUGUUUUUCUUUUCAAUCUUUAAA